AACGCGGUUUGCUCCUGUGUGCUUGCCGUAGUCAGCUGAUCAUGCAGGUCAAAGGUCAACUGCUAGACAAAAUGGACGUCAAUCAGGCUAAACAGGAGCAUCUCCUUGCACUAAAGGUGAUGCGUCUGACGAAACCCACGCUGUUCACCAACAUGCCUGUGACGUGUGAAGACCGAGACCUUCCAGGUGAUCUGUUCGGGCGGCUCAUGAGGGAGGACCCGUCCACCAUAAAGGGGGCGGAGCCUCUGAUGCUCGGGGAGAUGCUCACGCUGCCGCAGAAUUUUGGAAAUAUUUUCCUGGGCGAGACUUUCUCCAGUUACAUCAGCGUGCACAACGACAGCAGUCAAGUGGUGAAGGACAUUCUAGUGAAGGCCGACCUCCAGACCAGCUCUCAGAGAUUAAACCUCUCUGCGUCUAACUCUGCCGUGGCCGAGCUCAAACCCGAGUGCUGCAUCGAUGACGUCAUCCACCACGAGGUCAAAGAGAUCGGGACACACAUCCUGGUGUGUGCCGUCAGCUACACCACUCAGACCGGAGACAAACUGUACUUUAGGAAGUUUUUUAAAUUUCAGGUGCUCAAGCCUCUGGAUGUGAAAACCAAGUUCUACAACGCAGAGAGUGACCUCAGUUCUGUGACAGACGAGGUUUUCCUGGAGGCUCAGAUCCAGAACAUCACCACCUCGUCCAUGUUCAUGGAAAAAGUGUCUCUGGAACCUUCCAUGAUGUACAACGUCACCGAACUGAACACAGUGUGCUCAGGAGAGGAGCGCGAGUCGACGUUUGGGAAGAUGUCGUACCUGCAGCCCAUGGACACGCGGCAGUACCUGUACUGUCUGAAACCCAAGCCGGAGUUCGCAGAGAAGGCAGGAGUCAUUAAAGGCGUCACCGUCAUCGGCAAACUGGACAUCGUGUGGAAGACCAACCUGGGGGAGAGAGGACGCUUACAGACCAGCCAGCUGCAGAGAAUGGCUCCGGGAUACGGAGAUGUUCGGCUCUCGCUGGAGCUCGUUCCAGACACGGUGAACAUCGAGGAGCCGUUCGACAUCACCUGUAAAAUCACAAACUGCAGUGAGCGCACCAUGGACCUGCUCCUGGAGAUGUGUAACACUCGGUCAGUGCACUGGUGCGGAGUUUCAGGCAGGCAGCUGGGAAAACUGGGUCCGAGUGCAUCUCUGUCCAUCCCACUGCAGCUCCUCUCCUCUGUACAGGGACUACAGAGUAUAUCAGGCCUGAGGCUGACGGACACCUUCCUGAAGCGGACGUACGAGUACGACGACAUUGCACAGGUGUGUGUGGUGUGUCCUUACCUGAGCCCUGAGACCUGAGGCUCCUCCCACUUCCUGUAUCGGUAACCUGCACCUCCAUGGACCAACCGCAUCGCCAUUUUUACACUAUCAGCUGACCUGCUUCUUUUAAAGUGUGUGCUUUUAAAGCCUUAUUCUGAUUUUAAGUGUGUGAAUGUUAAUAAAAGAGCGAACUCAGA